GUAAUGGCUAUGCAGAUGCAACUUGAAGCAAAUGCAGAUACUUCUGUGGAAGAAGAAAGCUUUGGCCCACAACCUAUUUCACGGUUAGAGCAAUGUGGCAUAAAUGCCAAUGAUGUAAAGAAAUUAGAAGAUGCUGGAUUCCAUACUGUUGAGGCUGUUGCCUAUGCACCAAAGAAGGAGCUAAUAAAUAUUAAAGGGAUUAGUGAAGCCAAAGCUGAUAAAAUUCUGACUGAGGCUGCUAAAUUAGUGCCAAUGGGUUUUACAACUGCAACUGAAUUCCACCAAAGGCGGUCAGAGAUCAUACAGAUUACUACUGGCUCCAAAGAGCUUGAUAAACUACUUCAAGGUGGAAUUGAGACUGGAUCCAUCACAGAGAUGUUUGGAGAAUUUCGAACUGGAAAGACUCAAAUCUGUCAUACACUGGCUGUAACAUGUCAGCUUCCUAUUGAUCGGGGUGGAGGUGAAGGAAAGGCCAUGUACAUUGACACUGAGGGUACCUUUAGACCAGAACGUCUGCUAGCAGUGGCUGAGAGAUAUGGCCUCUCUGGCAGUGAUGUCCUGGAUAAUGUAGCCUAUGCUCGAGGAUUCAACACAGACCAUCAGACCCAGCUCCUUUAUCAAGCAUCAGCCAUGAUGGUGGAGUCCAGGUAUGCACUGCUAAUUGUUGACAGUGCCACCGCCCUCUACAGAACAGAUUACUCUGGUCGAGGUGAACUUUCAGCCAGGCAGAUGCAUUUGGCCAGGUUUCUGCGGAUGCUUCUGCGACUUGCUGAUGAGUUUGGUGUCGCAGUAGUAAUCACUAACCAGGUGGUAGCUCAAGUCGAUGGAGCAGCCAUGUUUGCUGCAGAUCCCAAGAAACCUAUUGGAGGAAACAUCAUUGCCCAUGCUUCAACAACCAGACUGUACCUGAGGAAAGGAAGAGGAGAAACCAGAAUCUGCAAAAUCUAUGACUCUCCCUGUCUUCCUGAAGCUGAAGCUAUGUUUGCCAUCAAUGCAGACGGGGUAGGAGAUGCCAAAGACUGAAUCACUGAGUAUUUUCCUUUUGUAAACCUUAAGUGCGUCAGCCCAAUGGAGGACUGCUCCCUGGGGUUGUUCACAGUCCUCUUCCUGUUGUGACUGCCAGGAAAAGGCUUCUGGGAAAACAUCUACUGUAUUGGCUUUUCUGAUGGUGUAAACAGGAUACAGGUUAGUAGUCACAAACUGAUCUAAAAUGUUCCUUCUGGAGUAUAAUAAUCUCUAUGUGGUUUCUUUGGUUUUUGGAGGUGAGAUACAGAAUACCUUGAUAACAGUGCCUUGGAGUUGACUCAGGACUACCAGCUGUGAAUACAAAUAGUCUUAUGUUUUGGAGAAAACUAAAGGUAGAAACACCCAACUCUUCUCUUACUGAAUAAUGUUGAAAUAAAAUGCUCAAGUUAUGUGGCAAGGG